AUGGCUCAACAGCCCAUGACGCCCUUCUUCCCCAUCUUCGCGUCCAAGUCAGAUGGGCAGCACAUUGUCAACCUCAAAGGCCGCCCUCUGCGAAACGGCCCAACCGAGGAGCAGCUCAACACGACGCCCAACGACCAGGGCCAGCGCGACUUCUACCGCCUCAUAGACAAGGACGACCCGAAGCACCAAGACUGGCGCAAGAAGCUGGGUGGCAUGCUUCUGCGCGAGGUGGGCGGCAAGCAGCAAGAGGACAAGUGGCAGCAAUGCAUCCUGUGGGAGCUGCCGGAAAACUACGUCCUCUACGAGCACAUCAAGACCAAGGCAGACGGACAGCUGAAGACGGUCAAGAACCACUCGGGCGGCGGCCACGAUAGACAGGAUGCAUACCUCUACGGAUACCCAAAGGGCCCCAAGAAACGCUUCAGGAGUCCCGUCGAAUUUUUUCCCCAUCUCCUGUGGCUGUGCACCGACGAGAACAGCGACAUGGCCAAUUGCACGUGCAAGAUGUGCUCGCCUGCCGGAGACGUCGAGAAGCCCCAAGUCAAGGUUGAAGCCAAGCAAGAGCAGCCCAUGGCCAUCAAGCGAGAGAACAGCUCCGGCGGCGCUACACCAAACAGCACCGUCGUCGGGCGCAAUCCCGUAGUACAAAUCCCUCCCCGAAGGCCUUCAACCAGUGCGCCUAUCCCCAGUCCCAUCAUCAAGCCCUCUACGCCCGUUUCUGCCCCUAAGCCUGCACCUGCACCCAGUGCUCCGCAAAUCAGAGCCCCUCCAACCCUGCAAUCGACCCCUCUCCCUCAACCGCGGUCCUUUGAACAGCAAGUCGACUUGUCAUACAACAAAUUUCUCUGCCGAACUGGAGAGGUGGUGUGGUUUUUCAGGCCCAAGACGUCAGCCUGGGGUCUCGGACUCGUGGUAAGAAGAUGGGCUGUCAAAGAACAACCCAUGAGCAGGUCAUAUUUGAUCCAACCACUGUCGCACCCCUUUGAGACGCCUCCACAAGAAAUCGUUCACACGGAUGAGCACGUCAAGCCCUGGCUCGCGUGGUCUGCACCCAGCUGCACCUUCCCCUUUCUACAACAGAAUCCGCAAUUCGAAUAUGGCAACACUGACUGGAGGGCCCUCAUAAGUGGACAGGGAGGCGAGGGCAUCGCGUCCGUGGAUGCAUCAAUUCUAGCUGCAAAAGCCAUUGACACAACAUAUACGCUCUUCGAGCCCCUCAAAACGUCAAAGGACGACAAGGGAAACGAACUUCGCCAAUACAACGGCAUGUACCUUGGCGCUGAGAAGAUCUGGAAAGGCGAGGCCGUCCGCCUGCGCAUAGGCGCUACUGGAACUGACCUCAUGGUCGUCACUGACAUCAUCGAGCAAAUCUAUGCCAACCCACCGCCCAACCAGCCCAAGAGCAAAGUCAUCGCAGUCGGUGACAUAUAUAGCUACGCCACUUUGGAUGCGCCAGACGCCAACCUUCCUCCAAAACCGCCUCAGCAGAACGCCAACAUUCCUUCGCGCAUGGUGCACGACAUGGUAUGGCGAAACCGAAUGCUCGUGCCUAUAACCCGCACGGCGGCGUGGUGGAAGCUCAUCCAACCAUCAUACAAGAUCGACAUCGACGACAUCAAAGGUCGAUGGUAUGAGACGAGUCUUAUAUUCCAGGAUCCUUUUGCUAAAGCUGUAAAGAACGGCGAGGGCGGUAAUGGCAUCUGGAUGAACUCGCGCGGCGAUGCAACGGGCAAGGGCAAGGGAGCAAGCGUGGCGCAGUCCGACCGCAUUGGUGCCUUUGGGGCUUCCGUGCCCAAGGGAACACGCAUCGUCGAGGGCCUGGAACCUCCGAGUCAACCAAUCGGUCAACAGCAGCAGUCCCACGACGGAAUGGACAUGAAUAUGGGUGCUGGUAGCAUGGCGGAUCCAUUUUCCAUCGAUGAAUUCAUGAAUGUGGAUCAUCUGGGCGACGAUGCCGGUAUGGAGUACGGUAACAGCAAUAAUUUUACAUUUUAG